AUGCCUUACUGGUACUAUGACAAGAAAGAUCUACAGAACACACCUUCGUACCGCGAAGGUAUACCAAAUGACACGGAAAAUCGGUAUCGGAAGGAGGGCGCCAGGUUCAUUAUCGACACUGGCUCAAAAAUGGACCUAGGUUAUAACACAGUGGCCACAGGAGUUGUUUAUUUUCAUCGGUUCUACAUGUUCCACUCGUUCAGGACAUUCCCAAGGUACAUAACAGCGUGCUGUUGCCUCUUUCUGGCGGGUAAAGUAGAAGAAACUCCAAAGAAAUGUAAAGAUAUUAUAAAAGUAGCGAAAUCUUUGCUCACGGAGCAGAAGUUUGGAACGUUUGGCGACGAUCCGAAGGAAGAAGUGAUGACGCUGGAAAGGAUUCUGCUGCAGACGAUCAAGUUUGAUCUACAAGUGGAGCAUCCAUACGGAUACCUGUUGAAGUACGUCAAGUGCCUGAAGGGAGACAAGGCGAAGCUGCAGAAGAUGGUUCAGAUGGCGUGGACGUUCGUUAAUGAUAGUUUAUGUACCACACUGUGCCUUCAAUGGGAGCCGGAGGUGAUUGCAGUGGCACUUAUGUUCCUAGCCGGGAAGCUCAGCAAGUUUGAAGUGGUGGACUGGAAUGGUAGGCAACCCAAACACAAUGCAUGGUGGGAUAUGUUUGUGGAAGAUAUUACUAUGGAACUGCUAGAGGAUAUCUGUCAUCAGGUUCUAGAUCUUUACUCACCACAGCCACAGAACUCUGGCACUGACUCUCCUCCCCUACCUCCACCAAACAAGGUUCCAAAAAACGAGAAGAAGCCCCCGUCCGUUACACCGCCAGCUUCCGUAUCACCUGUCGCGCCGCCCGUCAGUAAGCCGGUCACGACGCCCAUCAAGAACGGGGCAGACAUCAAAAUCGAACCACCAAAGAUGGAGCCCAUCAGGUACACUUACCCCCCGUACGGGGCGAUCGCGACGUCGUUUCCGGCGCUGUACACGGCGCCGCCACCGACGCUGGCGCCGGGGCUGGCGGGCGCGCUGCCGACGCUGCCGCCGCCGCCGCGGCUGCCGCUGGGCGGGGCGCCGUCGCUGGUGUACUCGGAGCCGCUGCCGGCGCCGCCGCGGUUCACGCCCGUCAACGUGCCGCCGCCCACGUACUUCCCGCCGCUGCCGGGCCGCGGGCCGCCGCCGCCGGGACCGCCGCCCAGACCUUACUACCCGCCGCCAUAGCCGGCCACGCCACAUUGAUAGGUUACUGUAUCAUUUUUUAAUAAAAUAUAUUUGAUAGA